AUGGAAUACUAUGGCAAGAGAAACCUCUACAGCUUCAUGGAUGAAGAAAUAAAAGCAAACCAAUCAUCACCACCUCGUCUUUCCUUCAAAUCCCACCGUCAAAUUUCUGAUCAUGAUCAUGAUCAUGUACCCUAUAGCCCUUCAAGGUCUACUUCCACACCUAAUGUCAACAUGUACUCCCUAAUGCCACCCCCUAGCCCGGACUCCCCAUGGACACUUUCCCCUCUCCAAACACCCUCACCCUCCCUCCUCCAUCACUGUAUCGCCUCCCUCCGCCGCCAAGAAGGCACCAUAUUUUCCAUCGCUGCCUCACGUGGAUUAAUCUUCACCGGCUCCGAGAGCUGCCUAAUACGCGCUUGGCGACAACCGGAUUGCACCGAGAGAGGCUAUAUCCGGGCAAGUUCUGGCGACGUUAGGGCGAUUUUAGCCUAUGGUAACAUCCUCUUCACUUCACAUAGGGACAACAAGGUCAGAAUGUGGAACGUAAAUGUGUCUGAAAAUUUUCAGGCCAAAAAGGUGAAUACCUUACCUAAAAGAAGAAGUUCCUUUCUUAUCUUCCCCAAGACAAAUACCCAAAAACACAAAGAUUGUAUCUCUUGCAUGGCUUAUUUCCAUGCAGAAGGGCUUCUUUAUACUGGAUCAUGGGAUAAAACAGUGAAGGCAUGGAGGGUUUCUGAUAAUCGUUGUGUCGACUCAUUUGUUGCACAUGACGAGAGUGUGAACGCAAUCGUCAUAAAUCAGGAAGAUGGUUGUGUAUUCUCUUGUUCAUCUGAUGGUUCUGUGAAGAUUUGGAGGAGAGUGUAUGGUCAAAGUUCUCAUACUCUCACCAUGACACUAAAAUUCCAGCCUUCACCUGUCAAUGCCUUGGUCUUAAGCACAUCAUUAAACUCAUGUUUCCUCUAUUCGGGUUCUUCGGAUGGAUUAAUAAACUUUUGGGAGAAGGAAAAUUUGUCUAGUAGAUACAAUCAUGGAGGGUUCUUACAAGGACAUAGAUUUGCAGUUCUUUGUCUGGUUGCAAUUGAAAAGCUGAUAUUCAGUGGCUCAGAGGAUACAACAAUUAGGGUUUGGAGAAGAGAAGAAGGGAGCUGUUUUCAUGAGUGUCUUGCAGUAAUUGAUGCACACAGAGGGCCUGUUAGGUGUUUGGCUGCAAGUGUAGAGACAGAAAAAAUUGUUGUUAUGGGAUUUUUGGUUUAUAGUGCUGGAUUGGAUCAAAGUUUUAAGGUUUGGAGGGUUAAGGUUUUGCCUGAAGAAAAAAAGGGAGGGUACAUUGAGGGUGUGGAACCUAUAGAUACAAAUAUUAAGAAUUCAGAAUAUGAAAUGAGCCCUGUACUCUCUCCUUCAUGGGUGGGGAAGAAACUCCAAGGCAAUUACCCUGUCCACUAG